AUGACAGAGGUCGCUCAGCAAUCAAAAGCUCGUCGUAAGGAGGACUUCGUCGAUGCAUUCGCUCCUGUCAUUGCCGAGGCCGUUGCAAGUGCAUAUAAGGGAGCCACUUCAGACGUUCAGAACAAGCUCCGGAGGGUCAUCGACGUCUGGAAAGAUAGAUCAAUCUUUGCUGCCCCUAUCCAGGAGGCAAUUGAAGCUCGAAUCUUAGGUGAGCCUUACCGCACAAUCCUGCACCAGACUUUCGUUGCUAACAUGCUCUCAACAGAACUUGACAAGGCCCGCGGUGCUCCCAAGACGAGCUUCGGCGGCUCGAUUUUCAGUUCUUCCAGCAGCAUUCCUUCUGAGCUUACGGGCUUGGUAGCGCCACAGCAAAAUGUGACCAAGUUGAUCUUGUCCACCAAGGCUGCUGUGAACUCAGCAGACCAGGAGUACAACAAGAACACCGAUCCCCAGCAGCAAAUCCCAUCAGCGCCGGUUUACGCGGCCCGCCUCAAUGGACUUCUCAAGACUCUGGCCAAUGCAGAGGGUGCAGUUGCUCAAUGCGUCAAAGCCCGCAAGGAGCUCAUUGGAGCCCUCGAGAAGCUUCUCGGGGAGAACAAGACUGCUCUAGCAACCGAGGAGGAGCAGCUCAGCACACUGGUGACGCGCAAAUCUACCAUUGAACAAAAGAAGCAGGAUGUCGAGUUCGCCAUUAUGCGCGGGCUGUCCGACAGUGAUCAGUCACCUCAUGAAGGAGGAGCGUCUGCGAGUCCUCCGCCAGAACCAGACCGGCCAGAGGUUGAAGCUUUGACUCCACCGUCAGCUCUGGAUGAGCCAGACUUCUAUGGCAACUCUCCGAUUGCGCCCCAGGCCGAGCCAUUGUCUCCCAUUGUGCGCCCAUCGCAGUCUCCUGUCGUGGACCAACAAGCCACAUUCCAGAGCUCAGCUCCCGGCAUCGAGAUUCUCUCCAAUUUGGCAUCUCAGUACCAGUCUGUUCCGGUAUCGUUGAAUGGGUCGAAUAAGAGACGCAGGGUGGAUUCCGCAGAGGAGUUUCCGGACCUCGGGAAUGACGACGGGAUAGACGCUGAUGUUGCAGAGAUGCUGAAGAAAGAGAGCUCGGCAGCGUAA